CUGCGGCAGCGGCGGAGCGGGCGCGCAGGAGCCGCUGCGCCGCCUCGGCCCCAUUGUGUGGCGCGGCCGCGGCUCCCCGGUGCCGGCCGCCAUCUUGUGCAGGAGGGGGUCCAGCGCCCGGCCGGCGUGUCCGUCUCGGCUGGGGCCUCCGCGGGGGGCCCGGGGUCGCCCUCCUGCCGAGAGGGGCCGCGGCGGCGGCGGCGGCGGGCAGCCCCUGCGCCCUCGGCCGCACCCGAGCGGGGCCUCCUCCCCGCGCCUCCGCCCCCGGGGGCCGUCCCGGGCCGCUCUCCCCGGCUGCUGCCGUGCCCCGAGGCGGCGGGAAGGGCUGCCCUCCGCGGCGCUACGCGGCGCCCCCGGGGCUGAUGCUCGGCACCUCGCGGCGGGCCGCAGCCGCCGCGCCGGGCCAGGCGUGAAGGCCGCCGCCCCCGUCCCCGUCCCCCCGCCCCGGCGCGAAAGCCGAUGCCGCCGCUGGACGAGCCCCUGCCCGGGCCGCGGGCAUAGCGGUGGGCGCUGCCAGCGCCGCUCCCGAGGAGGCGGGCGCCCACCAGCCGCGGAUCAGGAGACCGAGGCCCAGCCCCGCGGAGCCGCCGCCGCUUCCCGCCCCAUCAGGCGAGGGGCAGGAGACGCACCCCGAGCGCGGCGCCGCGCCCCGCCCGCCCCAGCCGGCUGGAGAACCGGGCCGCCGCCGCACCAUGAAGAUCAAGGAUGCCAAGAAGCCGUCUUUUCCAUGGUUUGGCAUGGACAUUGGGGGAACUUUGGUGAAACUUGCAUACUUUGAACCUAUUGAUAUCACUGCGGAGGAGGAGCAGGAGGAAGUUGAAAGCUUGAAGAGCAUCCGCAAAUACCUGACUUCCAAUGUAGCCUAUGGAUCCACUGGCAUUCGAGAUGUCCACCUUGAGCUGAAAGACUUAACAAUUUUUGCUCGAAGAGGAAACUUGCACUUUAUUCGGUUCCCAACUCAUGAUUUGCCUACUUUUAUCCAAAUGGGAAGAAAUAAAAACUUCUCAACACUACAUACGGUGCUCUGUGCCACUGGUGGUGGCGCUUACAAGUUUGAAGAAGACUUUCGCACAAUUGGAAACCUCCAGCUGCACAAACUGGAUGAGCUUGACUGCCUUGUCAAAGGCUUAUUGUAUAUAGACUCUGUCAGCUUCAAUGGCCAGGCAGAGUGCUAUUAUUUUGAAAAUGCCUCAGAUCCUGAGAGAUGCCAAAAGAUGCCUUUUAACCUGGAUGAUCCAUACCCGUUGCUGGUUGUUAACAUUGGUUCAGGAGUCAGUAUUUUAUCAGUCCAUUCCAAAGACAACUAUAAAAGAGUAACUGGAACAAGUCUAGGUGGAGGGACCUUUCUUGGUUUAUGCAGUUUGUUGACGGGCUGUGAAAGUUUUGAAGAAGCUCUGGAAAUGGCAUCCAAAGGAGACAGCACACAUGCUGACAAACUGGUUCGAGAUAUUUAUGGAGGAGACUAUGAAAGAUUUGGCUUGCCAGGAUGGGCUGUAGCAUCCAGUUUUGGGAAUAUGAUCUACAAAGAGAAGAGAGAGUCUGUUAGCAAAGAAGAUCUUGCAAGAGCCAUAUUGGUCACCAUCACCAAUAACAUUGGAUCUAUUGCCCGGAUGUGUGCAGUAAAUGAGAAAAUAAACAGAGUUGUGUUUGUUGGCAAUUUCUUACGUGUGAAUACUUUGUCAAUGAAGCUUCUUGCAUAUGCACUGGAUUAUUGGUCAAAAGGGCAGCUGAAGGCCUUGUUCCUAGAACAUGAGGGAUACUUUGGAGCUGUUGGUGCUCUUCUUGGUCUGCCAAAUUUCAGUUGAGUGGGAAGAUUUGAAACACAAAAGAUCAGCCAAAGCAGCAGAUAAAGCAGGUGAUGUUUUGAAGGUUUUGUGAAGAUACUCACCUGCCCUCUUCAUGUGUUUGAAGAUGCAGCUGGUAUUUUGGGAAGAUCACCUCCAUCUUUGGAUUUGGAAAAGAACUUAGUGAUUAAUGAAGGCGGAUUUUGGGGUUGAUUUGUGGUGGUGUUUUUUUGUUUGAGGACAUGACUUCCAAAAUGCCUUCUGUUUUGGGGGGGGGGGUGGGGGGGGGAGGUAUUUGUCUCUUAAAUUCUGACAUCAUAAGUCAUUAUUUGUAGAGGUACCAUAAAGUCUGAGAGAACUGAAGAAAUCCUUAUCAAAUAGACUAAAUACGGGACCUCAUAAUUCUGAUGCUUUGGCUCAUUUCUGUGGAAGUUUAGAAAAAUUCUGCCCCAUCAUACGAAUUUGAAAAUGUGAUUUCUCCUUAAUUUUAUAAGAGUUGAUCAGAGCCUAAUUAGGUGUUGAAAAUGGAAGGUUGUUAGCUUGCUUUUGGGUUUGGAAGUUUGUUUUUCAAAGUUGAGGACAGCAUCAGAGUUUGUAUUGCAGCACUAAAUGGACCAAUAUUGAGUGUACUUGCAAUAUGGAACCAUUCAUCAAAUUGUGGCCUUGGGAUAACAUCCAUACUCUGGAACUGAUCUUUGAGGUUUUCUGUAUACUUUAAAAAUUUACAGUUGUGAUUAUUGUAGGAAGUUUAGUCCUGAAGCCAGGGCAUGAGAUCUUAAACCUGUAAAAAUAUUAUACAGUCAUUAGCUGUAUGACUGUGGACUAAAGAGCUACCCAAUUUUAUGAUAUCAUUUUAAUGUUAAAUAUUUCCUAUAAGUGCAUGAGGAACAACCAGACUAGAACACAUUCAUAUCCUCGGGUUUAAGGCAUUUUUAAAACUGAUUGCUCAAGUACUCCACAGCAUGGCUGUGUUGUAUUCACAGACACAUCCACCCAGUGUGUUAGAAACCUCUAUGUGCUAUUUUCAGUCUUCUCUUUGUUUUCUUAAAAUUCAAAGCCCCAUAUUAAUGUGGUUUUUUUUUAAUAUUCUGUGAUCUUUUAAGAGUACAGUAACUUAAGAGUAGCCAGUUCAUUAAGCCCAAUGCCAAUCGCAAAUGCAGUUCCAUUUAUUGUUGCUUUUCCUGGUACUCAUACUACGUUUCCAUUGUGCUUGAUUUGAUGUUUCAUCUUAGACAUAAAGAACCAAACAAGAGUAACACUCACAGUUCAACUGAUCUAAUGCUAAAUCAGAGCACUUCAGAAAAUAAGUGAAUAUGGCUUUUAGAGAAUGUCUUUAUAAAUGCUGUAUACUGUUCCUUUUAAGGUACUAGGGAAAGUAACCUUUAUUUGGUUAUAAAACUUCAUAAAAGCUUUCUGAAUGGUUUGACAGCCUCCUGAAAAUUUUGCAAACCAACUGCAUAUUUUUCUUGCAAAGUGAGGUACUUCAAGACAAUGUACUACAGUUUGAUUAGAAACAGUUCCUUUAGACUGUAUUUAUUGCUACUUCACUUCUCUUUUUGUGAUAUGGAAAGAGAGCUGCUCUUGAAGCAGUAGUUAGAAGUUACUUGUAUAUUUAACCAGAAGCGCAUGUAGAAGAUGAUUGCCUUAUGACCAUGGUUCACUUAAACCAUUUGAAGUUGAUAUGACCUAGGAUGUGUUUUAAGUAAAUUGUACAGAGUUACAGAAGAAAUUAAUGGAGUAAUUCUUGAGCAGCUGUGCUGUAUAGAAACUACUGUGAGAAUCAAAACGUGUGCCCUACCUCUUCCCUUGAGAUUCUAAAACAAUUGGCUUCCUUUUGCUAGUUUUAUCAGCAUAAUUGUUACUUCAUUACAAGAGCAGCCAGAGAAGUUGUCAAACCCUACUUUAAAUCCCAGGGGUCCUGUAUUUAAGCCUCAUUUUUGGGUUUCAUCUCACUUUCUCUCAACAUAGAGCUAGAGUCUAUAAAGAUUGACUCUACCACAAAUAGACAUCCUAGGCAUAAUAAGCAGUUACAAGAUAAGCCUUAAAGUCUUUUCAUCUAAAUAGGUUGAAAAGGCUUGUUUCCUUUAUGCAGAUCACUUAAGUAACUUGCUUUUUCCUGAUUUUCUCUUUUAAUGUUCACCCUUGCCGUUUUUUUUCCUCAAAGCUAACUGGUUGAAGCAGCUUUAGGGUGAAUUGAUUCAAUGUAAUAUGCUACAGUAGGGAAAAUCUGAGGUUUUCUCAGGGCUACUGUUGUCUUCUCAAGUGGAACCACUUCUCUAGAGGCAAGUUGUUUUGUGGUCUUCUAAAGUAAAAUGUAAAGUUCAUUUUGAAUGUGUAAUUGUUUUCAGCUCAAUCAGCCAUGUGAGUGCCUUUUUAAUUUUUUCAUAUAAUGCCAGUUUUGCUGGUACUGGGACUUCAUCCAUGAGGUUUCCUAACCAGUGUUGCUUACCAGAGAAAUGGCAGGUAAUUUUAUUGGCCAUGGAGAUGAUCCCUUCAAUCCAGUGUAGCUAGAGCCGCCAGGAAAACAACAUCAGGUUUCUGGCUUCCUAUCCCUGUAGCCCUUAUCUAGGUGUAAUGCUUUUGCAUUUCUUGAUCUUAUCCCUCCAGCUUGGUCUCUUUCUAAGUAAUACGCACAGUUUUGUUGUAGAAGUAUCUCCUGAAAGAUCACACAGGUUCUUAGUCAGGUAAGUACAGGUUAUUUCUGGCUGAAGAAGUCCCAUUUUUACAUGAAGCUGUUCCAAGUUGGUAUGGCUAUUAACUGCUUCCACCUUUCUAGUCCUGCUUAGGAUAACUGCAAUUUGAAUGAGAAGGGAACUUCUACAAUACAUUUUGAAUAUUUAGCAAGCUGGAAUGAACAUGUUUUCAGCAUUCUUCACUGAAGCCAGCAGAUGUUCAAGUAGAAACACCUUUUCAUUCUUUUUAGUAAACCCUCAGUAAGUUUAACAGUUCUGAAGGAAGCGGCACUGAUACACUUUCUUUGUCUUCUUGUAGUUCUGUCAGGAUUUUCAAAGGGUGUUCAGUUAUCUGACCUGCCUCUUGAAGAUCUUUCCCCCUCUGUAGUGUUUGUUCUACGAGCCAGCACCUGUGAUUCUACCAGCACCUCUGUCCAUAAUUUGAGUUAUGACAUGGAAACAAUACAGGACCACGCUAUCCCACUUGCUCUCAGCCUGUGUAUUAAGAACAGAAGUUCCGUUCUGGCUUAUAAUGGAUUAAAUACUCCUUCAGUAGUACUGUGAGAUUCCUACUCUCAUUUGAGUUGUUGGUAGUAUACGUGUAAGGUAAUUAUAUUGCCUUGAAGUGUUGUAAUACUAAGCCUUUGUCUCUAUCCAAUAUAGGUCUUCAGGAAAUACCUACUUCCAGAUAAGUUGCAAUAACUUCUCAUUCCUAAAUGUUUCAGCGUAACAGUGGGAUUUUAACAUUUGAAACUAAUUGAAAUGUCUUAUUUAGAGCAAAUCUGUGCUUCUUGAAGACUAGAUGGUGUCUUGUGCAUUCAGUCAUUAACUUACAUUAAUACCUAAAUUUGCAUUCAAUCUAUUUUCAACAUUACUUUCACUAUUCACAGUCUUGGAUACUAGAUGGCUAUAGUCCUAAGGAAACAGUUUAGUUCAGAACAGAGAUGAAGGUCAGUGCAAUUCUGUUGAUCUAGUUAUGGUCAGCUUUUUAUCCUGAGUCCAUUUGCGCACCUAACAAGACUAGUUCUUUCCCUUAUCAGUGUUUUCCUAGCGACAGGGCUUUCUACACCCUUGUUUUGGAUUAUGUAGUCUUAAAGAAUGUAAUACAGAGCAGAGCUUUCCUGAGGUUGAAAAGUGAACAGAAAUCUGUGGGUCACAUUAAAAGUAUUUGACCAAGGUCUGUAGGUCACAGUGCAGAGCUAGGAACACACUUGACGUAUACAGUUAAUGUUUUGUUUGUACUGAUUUUUCCAUUUCCCUUUAACGCACAGUGAGAAGAGGCAGACUUAACAGUCAUUGUGGAUAAAGUGGGUGAAUUAAAUCCUCAGACGUGACCAUGGAAGAUAAAGAAAAAAAAAAAAGCCUUAUCACAGUAUAGAGGGAUAAUUCACUGCUUACAUUCUUUAAGUUUUACUGAUACAUUCUAAAGUACGUUACCAGUAUUGUCAUCUGUGAUAAAAUUCUUUAAAGAAGCCUGUUCUAUUCGUUUUGUUUACUUCACACAUGUAAACCAUAUUAAGUAUUCUUAAAAACAAACUUUCUGAAAACAUCUCAAAAGAUGCUGUAAUAUAUGUGUAAUUGUUAAUGUGCUAAAGGAAUAUGCUUGAGCAGUCUAGGUUUGCAUAACUGAAUGCCACAUCCUGCCCACUUCAGUUACAUCAGUGGACGAUUCUCUUAAAUGGGGGACUUUUAAACUAAUGAGCAAGAUUUGGCUUCAAGAUCUUCUGCUUGGGGAACACAGUAGUGCCACUUUGCAUAUUCCUGCUAAUGCUAAAUUGUUUGUUAAAAAUAGAUUCUAAAUACAAUAUUUAUGGCCUGGUCCUUUUCACAGACUUAAAAUCUAACAUUUGCAAAUAUUUUAUGGCCUUAUUUCAAGCAUCCCUUUUGGUUUUUUGAGUAUGUGGACUUUGUUCAUGUGGCAAGUUGUUGGCAGGUUUGGCUUCCUGUGCUGCUUUGUGUAAGGCCCAUAACAUUCCUGUUGUGCAUUAUGAUAUGGAUGACUUUUCCUUUCUGGAUUUCAGGGUUAUCCUUAAUCUUGUUUAGUUAUUGUGGCUGUUUAAACAAAUAGUAUCAACUAAAACACAAUUGGCAUUUGUCCUCUGCUAAAACUUAAAGAAAAUCAGCCAUUACUGUAAACAUUUGGGGAAGUUGUUGAAAAUGCAAAAAUAUCCAUUUAAAAGAAUUUUAAAAGCUAAAUUGGGUGAGUCUUGCCUAUAAGAUAAACUGGACUAUGGUGUGUCAGUUGCUAAUCUUUCCUGUAAAUGCUAGCAUUUCACAAUUCUUCUAGCAUCAAUUUAAGAACAUUGUAAAUACAAGCUUUGGGAGGAGGUAUGAUAGUUCAGAUGGUGCAUUACAAAAGAAUUAUAAGACUAGUGAAUUAGUAUUUUGAGACAUUAAAUUGACAUCUAGAAGAUGAAAAUUAGUGUGUUGAUGUUAUAGGAUAUAGAGGGCUUUCGAUAAUCUGCACUUUUUUACAUUCCUGAGUUUUGGCAUUAACAAAUGAGUAUCUAAUUUUCCAUCUGCUGUCUCAUCAUAUGCAGGCCUUGUAAUCACCAAUUGCUGUCUUCAAAUAUUUGUUCUACUUAUUUAGCAAAAUGGAUGGGCAAAUUUAUAAAUUGUAAACCUUGUGGGAUGGAAGUUCUCCGAAGAGCCAUUUGGUUAAGUUGCCUUAUUCUAUUGCAUUGCACUCAUGUUAUGUCUCCACUUUCUUGUUUACUGUCAGACACUGAAGAUGUGAUGUAAAAAUACGUGCUACAAAUUUUUAUUCAUAAAUUACUGAUUAAUACCUUUGUGUCACCUGUUACUACAGCUCUUGUAAAUGAUACCUUUAUGCCAUCUGUAAUACAGCUCUUGUAAAUUGUUUAAAUUAUUUUUCUUUUUAUAGAUUCUCGUUACUGAAUGUACAGAUUAGAUCCCUUUAAUAUGUCAUGGAGUAAUUUGGUUGGGGCCCAAAAAUGGCCAAUGAUGUCAUUCAUCCCAUCAAAACUGUAAAUAAUUCUUUACUGCUUGUUUGCAUGAAGUUUGGAUUUCAUUUACUUUGUCAUAACCCAACUCCUCUGUGAUGGGCCUACUUUCUACGGUUUGUUUUCCUGGUUUUAUUACCAUUUGUUCUGUAUGAAUGUUGAAACAGUACUUUGUCUUUCCUAAUAAAUAAUUUGAGAUUGUUCA